AUGUCAGCAGUAACCAAUCAGCCUCUUCCCUUCGGUCGACUGGAGCGAGAGAAUCACAUCCAGAUGAUCUUCAGAGCUUUCCGUGGCCAAGCCAGGCCUUCCUGUGAGUCUCAGGUCUCACCUGGACCUCAGCCCCACCCAGUGCACUCUGACUGGGCAUCUAGAGAGCGGCUUUCAGGCCUGGUGCUCGGGAAUAAGAUGGAGAAUGGGCAUGUGCAAGCACCAGGGGCCCUGAGGGGACCUGAGGUUGGGGAGCAGAGGCUUGGAGAUGCAGCAGGACCAGACUGCAUGGAAAUGCUAGACACAGUCAGUCAAAUACAUAUCACAGCUAGACCAGAGCUGCAAGGUCCACAGUGUGUUCCCAGAAGGAUCUACAGCAUCGCCGCUGGAGAAAGCAGAGCGCAGCUGUUUAUGGCUGUGGAAGAGAGUUCUUGUGUGUGCCUCCAGUGUUGUGGUCCAGCGCGUGCCUGUUCCUUGCAGGGCUUUGACCACCAUGGCCGCCAAGUCUUUUAUUUUGAAAGACCUUUUAAGGUGGAUGCCUGCUGCUUGGGCUGCUGCCUUAUGGAGAUCAGGGCCUACACUCCACAAAACCAUCUCAUUGGCACGGUAUGCCAAAGGUGGAGCAUGUUCACCCCUUUGCUAGAAGUGUGCGAUUCAAAGGGAGCGUCUACGAUCCAAAUCCAGGGAUCCUGCUGUCCGUGCCGCUGUUUCUCCAACCAGGAAUUCCAAGUUGUCUCAACAAUUGGUGAGAAAGUGGGCACAAUAUGGAAGAAGUGGCCUGGCUUUAAUGAUGAAUCCAACAUGGACCAUGAAUAUUUUGGGUUGGAGGUGCCAUUGAAUAUGGAAUCACACAACAAACUGCUCCUGCUGGCAGCCACGUUUCUAUUGCAUCAUAUGUUCUUUGAGAUGAGCUGA